AUGGAAAAAAGAUGGUUAAAUUCGAUGUUGUCUAAAGGGAAGUUAGAAUACAGGUGUAGGCUAAAUAAAUCAAUCAAUAGUCUUGGUCCUAUUGAAAGUGAAGGAUCAAUUAUAAAUAAUAUGAAUAAAAACAUUCCUAGUCAUAGUGAUAGUUACAAUUCUAGUUACAGUACUGUUGAUGAUUUAGUCGGCAUUCGGAAUUUCAUAUCUGAUGACACUUUUUUAGUUAGGGAUAGUAAUAGCUGCAGUUAUUCCAUCUAUUUGGAUAUUGAAAAUCAAAUUUUUGAGAUUGACAAUGAUCCUUCUUUUGUAAGUGAACUAGAAAGUUCUUUUUAUAGUUUUCGGAACUCUACUUAUCAAAAUAAUGUAUCUAAGAGUGAUGAUUCCCACUAUGAUCAGUACAUGUAUGAUACUAAAUAUAGUUGGAAUAAUCACAUUAAUAGUUGCAUUGACAGUUAUCUUUGGACUCAAAUCUGUAUUGAUAGUUACAUUUUAAGUGGUAGUCACAAUUACAGUGACAGUUACAUUUAUAGUUCUAUUUGUGCUGAAGGUGGAAAUAGUAGUCAAAGUGAGAGUUUCAGUAUAAGAACUAGCACGCAUAGAAAAAAUUUAACUACAACAGAACGUUCUAAUGAUCUAGAUCUAACUAAAAAAUACAGGCAUUUGUGGGUUCAAUGCGAAAAUUGUUAUGGAUUAAAUUAUAAGAAAAUUUUUAAAUCAAAAAUGAAUAUUUGUCAACAAUGUGGAUACCAUUUGAAAAUGAGUAGUUCAGAUAGAAUCGAACUUUUGAUUGAUCCAGGUACUUGGGACCCUAUGGAUGAAGACAUGGUCUCUUUGGAUCCCAUUCAAUUUGAUUCGGAGAAUCAACUUUAUACUUAUAAAGAUCGUCUUUCUUCUUAUCAAAGAAAGACAGGAUUAACUGAGGCUAUUCAAACAGGCACAGGUAAAUUAAAUGAUAUUCCAGUAGCAAUUGGGGUUAUGGAUUUUCAGUUUAUAGGGGGUAGUAUGGGAUCCGUAGUAGGAGAGAAAAUCACCCGUUUGAUCGAGUAUGCUACCAAUCAAUUUUUACCUCUUAUUUUAGUGUGUGCUUCGGGAGGAGCACGCAUGCAAGAAGGAAGUUUGAGCUUGAUGCAAAUGGCAAAAAUAUCUUCCGCUUUAUAUGAUUAUCAAUCAAAUAAAAAAUUAUUCUAUGUAGCAAUCCUUACAUCUCCUACUACUGGUGGGGUGACAGCUAGUUUUGGUAUGUUGGGGGAUAUCAUUAUUGCCGAACCGAAUGCCUACAUCGCAUUUGCGGGUAAAAGAGUAAUUGAACAAACAUUGAAUAAGGCAGUCCCUGAGGGUUCACAGGAGGCUGAAUCUUUAUUCGAUAAGGGCUUAUUCGAUCUAAUCGUACCACGUAAUCCUUUAAAAGGUGUUGUGAGUGAGUUAUUUCAGCUCCACGCUUUCGUUCCCUCGAAUCAAAAUUCAAUCAAGUAA